CUUUCCGCAAACGGUCACUCUGUUCGCGCAAAACAAAAAAACUUGAGUUUGUUUCAAUUCUUUUGUCGCAGGCAGCACGUAAAUAAACCGAUUCCAGCGGAGAUGCAGGCUCGCAGCAAGUCCGAAAUGAAGCCCAUACGGAAGGAGAUCCUCAAUCCGGGCAACGCCUACAUCGAGCUGACCCCGGGCACCAGGGUUAAGUUCCACUUCCAGACUCGCCGAUCCGGCGACAGCCGCAUCAUCGACGACAGCCGCAGGAUGGAGAAGCCCAUGGAGCUUGUGCUGGGCAAGAAGUUCAAGCUGGAGGUCUGGGAGCUGAUUGUGCAGCAGAUGUCGCUCAACGAGGUGGCCAAGUUCACGGUGCACAAGUCGCUCUGCUCCCAGUAUCCAUUCAUAUCGAAGACACUGCGUGACAUUGGCAAGAAACCGGAGGAGCGACGCCACUGCUGCGGCAUGACGCUGCAGAACGAGGGCAUCGGUUACAGCGACCUGGACGAACUGCUGCAGCAUCCCGCCGAGCUGGAGUUCAUCAUCGAACUGAUCUCCAUCGAGCUGCCCGAGCAGUACGAGAAGGAACGCUGGCAGAUGUCCGACGACGAGAAAAUGCUGGCCACCAGCACGCUGCGCGAGCGUGGCAACAACUUCUACAAGGCCAGUCGGUAUGCGGAGGCGGAGACGUGCUAUCGCGAGGCCGUGGGCAUUGUGGAGCAACUGAUGCUGAAGGAGAAGCCCCACGACGAGGAAUGGCAGGAGCUGGCGGCCAUCAAGACGCCCCUGCUGCUCAACUAUGCGCAAUGUCGGCUAAUCGCCGGCGACUUCUAUGCCGUGAUCGAGCACUGCAACGAGGUGCUCACCCUGGAUCCGCGCAAUGUGAAGGCCUUGUUUCGGCGGGCUAAGGCCCAUGCCGGCGCCUGGAAUCCGACGCAGGCGCGGCGCGACUUUCUCGACGCUUUGGCCCUCGAUGGCAGCCUGAAGGCGACCGUCUCCAAGGAACUGAAGGCCAUUGAGGAUCAGCAGCAGGCACGUAACGUCCAGGAUCGCAUCCACAUGCAGAAGCUGUUCUAGAACAUAAGUUGUGUCAACGUGCUGCUCAUGCUGCUUGUCUAUUGGAGCAGCUACCUGCAGCGCUAGCAGUACCUGUCCCUGCCCCCCAUCCUCUCGCUGACCGUCACCUUCGCCCACUUCCUGGUGCUGCUCUGCUCGCUGGCCAACCUCUUCCUCUGCGGCUGGACGCUCAAGAAGCUGCUGCGAGCAUUGCACCGGUCCAGGAGGCCAUCUGACAAUCCACCCGGCUACCAGUUCGUUCUGUGAGCCACCCAUCAUAUGUACUCAUCACUCAUCCUCCUCCGCCUUGAAUCAAAUGUAGUGUGUUUCAUCGGGAAUGUAAGAAUGUUGUUCAUGUAGCUUUUACCAAAUCAAAUGUUCCACAUUUGUUGUCCAUAGUCGUAUGUUUGUAUAUCUAUAUGCGAUAUUUACUCGUAGCUAGAAUCUACUCUAAGUCUAGACAAAUUGUAUAAGAUGUAAUAAAUGUGCUUUGGAUGAUGUCUCCUUGUUGUAUGUACAUUAUUAUGCAUAAUGAUGUGCAUUUAGCCUAAGUGAUUCAAUUGUGUAGGCUUAUUGACACUACUAGUAUAAUUUGUAUAAAAUAAAUAACCACAUAACUAUA